AUGACCACUCGUGACGAACGCGACUUCCAUCCACCACCUAACCUUGCCGACGUUAAAACCACCAUUACAUCGUCACAACCACGCGAAAUCAUGUCUGACAAACGAAGGGCAUCAUCGACUCUGGCAGCAGACGCCCGCAAGAAGGCCAAGGGCGAGAUCAAGCCAUCGCAACUGUCGCUGUUUCUGGCCGAGGUUGUAGAUAAAAUCAAAAAGGAGGAAACCGAGAGCUACGAGAACGACGGAACUACACGACUGCUUGCUGGAGAGUUUCUGGAGCUGCCAUCGAAGCGGUACUACCCUCACUAUUAUGAGGAGAUCCAAAAGCCAGUUUCAUUCAAGGAAAUUGAUGCCAAAAUUGCUACCAAUGGUUACGUCAACAUUGACCAGUUUGAGAAGGACCUCAAACAGAUGGCCAACAACGCUGCAGCCUUCAACGACAAGGAUAGUGUAAUUGCUCAGGAUGCGCUUAAGAUUGCCAAACUCGGUGUGGCCGACGCUCGAAAGUACACAGGCGAGCAGGAAGAGGUCAACGACGACGACCUCAAGGACGAGAUUCUGGAACUCUUCUCAGACGCAGCCAUCGACAUUCUCAAUGAUCUGGCUACCUUCAAGUACAAGGCCAAGCGGACCUUACCAUGUGAGCCGUUCAUGGUUGAGCCCGACAGAGAUCUUUAUCCCGAUUACUACGAAGUGAUUGAGACGCCCAUGUCCAUUGCCAUUUUAGAGAAGAUGGUCAACAACAGAGAAGUCAAGAACUUCGAUGAUCUUGAGAGCAAAUUACAGAUCAUGAUCGACAAUGCGAAGCAUUAUAACGCCGACGGAUCGCCCAUUUACGUCGAUGCCAUUCUGGUUGAGAAGGCCAUUCCCCAAAAGGUGGAGAAGGGACGAAAGGCGUUUGGAGAGGAAAACCUGGCUACGCUGCACAAGUUCUUCAAACCCAAACAAAAGCUGAAACUGACAUUGAACAAGCCUGAGGCGACAGAAGAAGCUGAGGAGAAGAAGCCAGAGGAGCCUCUGACGGUGCUUCCUCCUAACGAGAAUCCUCUGCGAGCUCCUGGACGGGCUCCUCUGGUGCGUCUUCUCACCGUGCACUCUACUCUGCCUAUCAGACAGCAGCUCAAGCAGAUUCCCGAGAGCCAACAGGAUCCGUUCCAGAUCAACAUUCCUGCUUCCCCCACACACGCGCUUCAGAACCACACGUUUGCUCUGCCUGCGUACCACUCCACCAUCAGUGUGGACGCCGAGCUUGACAACUCACUAUACGAGCGUCCCUACAACCUACAAUUGACUCUAAACUCUGCUCGAAUCCAGCCCAUCUAUCUGCCGUCGAGUGCUUGGGGAUCCCAGAAGGAUCUGCAGGGGCGGUAUGAGCUCCGUUUGGCGCCUGGUCUUAACCGCGUUGACGUCAGUGUUGACGCGGCCCCUGCCAACGCUCCCCCUCAGCGUACAGCCCAUGCUCAGUUUGAGGAGCAUGAGAGAUUUACAUUGUGGGUUCAUCUUAUGUAA